UCCUCCCAACCGUCGCCGAGGAGACGUGCAGUCGAGCGGAGCGGUUGGUGCUUGUGACCGCGGCCUCGCCCUCGCCCUAUGGAAGCGCCCUUCUACCACGAUGAGGCUGUGAGUGCGGUCAGGCCCGGCAGCGGCUCCUAUCCUCGCCACCCCAGGUCCCAGACUGACGAGAAGAGCGCGAGCAGCGGAGCAGCCGAGCCCCCGGAGCCCACCUUUCUCAGGCUGGCCUCUCCCGAACUGCAUCGGCUCAUGACGGCACAGGCCUCGGGCCGAGGCUCGGCGAGCGGCCGACUACAGGAAGAGGAGCAGGAGCGGCUGUCUCAGGGACUUGUCAAAGGCAGAGGAUUUGUACUGCAGUCAGGGAACAGGGAGCAAGAGGAUGAACGCUCAUGUUCCUAUACAUUGCAGGAUUUGCAGAAGCAGAACCAGCUCCUAAUCCUAUCAGGAACCACCUGCUCACCUCAUACCUCAACAUCAGUGUAUCAUGGGAAUCUGCAUCUGACCCAGGCAAGGGGAGGAGACUUACCUGUAUAUACAAACAACACCUACAACCCAAGCCUAUCCAGUAUGAUUUCUGGAACUUAUUCUUCUACUGCUACUAUACCCUGUGCUGGCCGAACACUUGUUCAAGACCAUCUCCCAGCCAGUGCACAACCUGGUUGCCCCAAACUCCAAGAACAACCCCAGAUUGUGCCUGAAGUAGGUCCUGUGGGUGAAUCUCCUCCACUCUCUCCAAUAGAUCUAGGCAAUCAGGACCAAAUCAAAGCUGAGAGGAAGCGAUUGAGAAAUCGCAUUGCUGCAUCCAACUGUCGAAGGAGGAAGCUGGAGCGUAUUUCAAGAUUGGAGAACAAAGUAAAGAGUCUGAAAUCAGAAAACUCUGAAUUGACCUCAACAGCCACUGUCUUGCGUGAACAAGUGGUACAGCUUAAACAUAAAGUGAUGAACCAUGUCACUAAUGGGUGUCAAUUAGUGCUUACUACCUCUAGCCUCCUAAAACCAGAAGAAAAUGCCAGAUUUUAAAUAUACUUUAGGACAGACUGGUAGACGGUUAGAUUCCAUUGAGAGGUGCUGGGCAUUGACUGAGGUUUGUGCCUAAUUACCUGCUGAAAUUUAGAGAUUGAACAGCUGGCACAAUAUGUGAAGCACCUUGGGUUGAUGGAAUCGUUAAUCUUGGAGGAGGGAAAAAUCUUCAAGGAGACUGUUUACUGUGCCAUUGGUGCCCAUUUAGAGGUGUAUAUAAUCAAAAAUAUCCUGCUUUCCAUACUAGAAUACUUUAAAAUAAAAGUUUGAAUUUGUAGACAACUGUCUAUUUUGAAUCUGCUGAUGUCCUUCUAAAUGCAUUUCUAUUUUCAUUUCAGAACAAUGCUGUAGACCAAUGGGCAUCUUAAAGAACAACAAAAAUUUAAAAAUUAGAAAGCACAAAGUUUAAGGAUUGUCUUGUUUUUUUCAAAAAAUAGUUCUAAAGAUCUUCAUGUUUGUGAAAAAGGCAGUUCAAGAAGGAAAGCUUUUUAAGCUCUCUCUAAAUGCACUGGAAAGAAAGUUUUGAAGCAUGGGUCUUCUCAAGAUUUAAAAUUUAGAGCACAUACAAAGGAACUAAUGUGAAAGAUUGCACAAAUGUUUUUGGCCUAUUGAUGUCAAACAUGACCAAGAACUGGAGCUGAAGUUAUUAACCAGUAAUGUUAAAUACAUCCGUAUGGACUAAAUGUAUUUUUUAAACAUAAGAAUUUUUUGUUUUAAGUUGAGCUUUCAUUUUAGGGUGCGAUAUCGAGUACAGUACAAUGAUCGGUAUCUGGGAGCAGUACUAUGCUAGAGAUGGUUAGUUGGUCUAUUUCAUUGCCCUAUUACAAUCAAGCAAAUAGCUCAGCUGUUUUCUUUAUUCAGUAAAUGUAUUGGUUGCAGUUGGGUGUUUUUUUUAAAAAUAACAAUAAAGCUUUAGGUAGCCUUCAUGUUUUAUAUUUUAGAGCUAAGUACUUUAUCUGUACAACCUUUUCAACCUGUGGGUGCAAGGCAUGGCUGACUCAUUCUUUAUGGGGGCGGGGAAAGACACAACAAUGACGUACAUCCCUUUUAAGAUGUGAUGUUUGACAUCAUUUGUAAUAACCACAUAACCUUUUCCUCCCACAUGCAAUUGGUACCACUGUAAGGCAUAAAUUUUUUCCUUUUGGCAAAAAUGGUUUAUAGGUCAGUCGCAUGAUCUUUGGAUCUCUUAUAAUUGCUCUAUAAUUUAAAGUUAGUUUUAGUAUUUUUAUAUUAAUGUAUAUUAUGUAUAAAAAAAUUCUGGUUUUACUUGAGCUUUGGUGUAGAUCAGUAUUGUAGUACAGGUACAGUAUUUAAGUUUUUUAAAAGUUUCUAUCACUCUUGAUUGUAAGCAGCACCUCAAAUGAUUCACUAUUGUGUGUUCUGUAGUCCUGCUUUGUUCAUAAGAUCUAGUGAAUGUGAGAAAUAUAUUAGGAUGCAUGAUUCGGGCAUGAUAUGGAUGCUUGCAUGACCGUUGUUGGAUUGUUUACUUAGAAUGUGUGUUAGACUGCAAAGAUGGCACUCUUUGGGGGGAAAAAAAAAUUAAGAAAAUCUGUUUCAGCAUUCUCCAUCCAUAUUGGUCAGUGAAGAUGCUUCCCAAUCAGCCAAAGAAGCCAUGAAAUGUUGAUAGUUAUAAUAGUGGAGAAGAUAUAAACCAAGACGAGACUGACAAUGCUGUAUCAGUAACUCACUUGAUGCUGUUCAGGAUAAAUUGAUUCAGACCCUAUUGGGAUGUCCUGAAUCAACAGGGGAAUGUCGCCCUGUUAAGUGCCGAUCUUAAGUGGAAGUACUGUGAAUAUGGUGACUGAAGGUUUAAGACCAAGGAAGUGAGGCAUGUACACUGAACUAGAAUCAGAAGAGCAUUGGGCACAGGAAUAUUGUGAAGAAAUCUUGUCAGAACAAGAAUGUUAAUGUUGAUCUCAAGAUGUUCUGGGAGCCAGUGGAGCUUCAUGAGGAUGGGUGUGCAGAGUGACAUGGAGGAGAGAACACAGGCUGCAGAACCUCGAUGAGUUGGAGACUCUUGAGGAGAGUUCUGGAGAAAUCUGUUCUCGAGUCAAAAGCAUGAAUGUACUUCUAGUAACAGAGGGUGGGAUAAAGAUGUAAGUAGACAUUCCAGAGAUGGAUUCCAGGGUGGGCCUGGUAAUGAGCCUGACAUGGCAUUGAAGGACAGCUUGGGCGAACCUGAACACCAAGAUUGUUGCACUGGCUGAUUAAGGUUGAUGAACACCCAGGCAGGUUAUUGAUGAUAACCAAGCAAAUGGCUUCAGUUUUACCAAUUACAAGGAGGAAUUAGGGCUCACUUAAACAAUCGUGGAAUCCUUUACCCCCUCUGGAGGCUGAGUGAAAGAUUUUCACAAGGAAGACAUGACGGCUAACAAUAGGUAACAAUAUCCUGAAUGUGGCUGUCUGCACCAAAAAUGGACCUCACAUCAGGAUCUUGCAAUAUUCAAUUUAAGUCCAAAUGUGGAUGGACUUUCUCUGUACAGCACUGGCGGUUGACUUGUCUAGCAAAUACUACCAAGAAAAUAUCUUGGUAUACUUCCAGGAAAUGAACAUAGCAGUUGCUCUAUUUGAUCCUGAAUCUGGGUGACUGGUUCUUAGGGUCUGACCUGGCAAGGUUUAUGUGUCUUCUAAUUUUACUGAUAAUGAUUCUUGCAUUAACAGAACACUCAGCUUCAUGUUGUGAGACUUGCAAACCAAGAUUUGUUCAGGGAACUUUUAUUUGGUGCGUGUGCAUAGCCACGAUUUCUUUCCAUCUCGGGGGGGGGGGGGGGGUUCAGAAGGCCAGGGCAGAGGGGGAAAUUCUGGUUACUUGAAUAUUGACCCUUAAACACCAUGGUUUAAACAUCCAGGAGUUGAGCAGGGCUUGUCCAAAUUCACUUCCCACAGGAAAGAUCAAUUAUCCCAGUUGUCUGGCGUCAUCCUCUGCUCACACCAAUCAAAUCUUUCACUAAUUGGUUAUUCAGAAGAGCAGACUGUUGAAUGAAGACCCUUAACCAACAGUAGUGGGUCCUCAAAAUAUCAGGUAAGCCAUCUGCCACUAAGGCUUUGGAAUGAAAAAGUGCAUUUACACUAUCCAACAGCUUAGACUAUUUCCAGAAUCUUCAUUCUCCAAUUAAAAGUUAAUUUGGUAGGUUCAUCCAGGCAUCUGGAGACACUUGUACUCUACUCUCCUUUUAAUGGUCAUACGGCAGCGAUGUUUAGAGGUUGCCUAGAAAAAGUAACUACUUUGUGGGGUAAUCUUCAUUUGUUGAAUACAGAACAUUAUCAAUCUUACCUGUUUAUUUCUUCAGGCCCUUAGGUUGGGGGUGCACCAACAUGCCUCUUUGGUUUCCAUAGAUUGCAGAUAAAAGUAUUGGUCUGUCUGCACAUGCUGGUAGCUUACUAUUUAUGUUGAUAUUAAUGGAAUAUUGGUUAUUUUGUCUGCCAAGAAUGUGUCAGCCAUGUUGCAACCAAAUGAUGUUUGGUAUAUUCUCUACAUUCAGAGAAUGAGAAAGACCUUCAAUGUUAGGCAGUCUUACUGAGGCAAUAAUUAUCAUGUUACUAUUUUGAAAAAAGAGCCUUGCAUUUGACAUGACUUCUUUCAGGUUGGGAGGAUAUCUCAAACGUGUUGCAGGAUUCACUAUAAAGUAUAGUGCUAUAUUUUGUUGAUGAACAUGGCAGCCAAUUUCCACACAACAUUGCAUUUAUAUUGUGCCUCUCACAGCAGGAGGAUGUCCCAAGGUGCUGGAUAGUUGCAUUUGAAGGGCGGAAGCCAAGGUGGGGGUGGGGGAAAUCACUGAUGACACAGUCAAAGAGGAAGGUAUUGAGACUCACUUUGAAGGAGGUGAGGGAAGGGGUGAGGUGAAGGGUCUUGGGAUGGAGUUGCAGAGAGUGGGUGUAACACAAUGAUAUCCCACAAACAGACAAAAUGAAAUGACUUAAUUUUUUUCAGAGAGUUUCUUGGCCAGAAAACAAGGAGACACUCCCUCUUGGGAAGCUCUUAUGAACGUUUAUUGGAAGUUCAAAUGCUGCAAGUAGAAAGUAAUUACUAUGAAUGUUUUUCAGACAAAACCAAAGAAUUUAUAAUUUGGGAGUUGCCUUAUACAGUAGUCUGAUUAAUACUAAAAUUACCAAAAGGCCUUUGUAAAUAUGAGUCAUGCAAAUUGAGAUUUGUGUUAUAUGGCAUUUUUAUACUUUUGAGUGACUGUAUAUAAAACAGGGGAAGAAAUAAAGUUUUCUUAAAGGUUA